AAGACAGUCACCCUGCAGAGAGCAUGAAUGCAUGACAUUGAUCCACAAAUAUGUAUGCAGGUUGCGUGAGGUGGAUGCUCAGCCACACAGUGAAAGCUGUGUGUGGCGGCAGUCUUGGCUACAAGAUAACAGCAUCAAGGUUUCUCAUAUGCACUGGAAGAUCGAACACCAUCGCUGCUGCCUGGAGAUGGUCCCCGUUCUCUACAGCGGUAGACGACACAGAACCGACUCCUGAACCGAAGAAAAAGAAGCAGGAUCCCCGGGCACGUACCACGAUCACCAGCGUUGGCCGCAAGAUCCCGCACCGUCACAUCCAGGUGAUCAGUGAGGCAGGAGAAAACAUGGGCACCAUGCACCGUGCAGAUGUGCUCAAGGUCAUGGCGGAGCAGGGUCUCAAAUUGGUGGUGCUCAAUGAAAAUCAAGACCCUCCCGUCUACCGUCUGAUGAGCGGUAAACAGAUCCAUGAAGAACAGCUGAAGGUGCGGGAGAAACAGAAAGCAAAAGCAGCUCCCGUCCAGAUAAAAGAGCUCACCUUUACGUCUGGCAUCGGCACUCACGACCUCACAACCAAACUGAAACAAGUGGAGAGCUGGCUGGAGAAGAAGCACCAUAUUCGGAUCACUAUGCGAUUAGGCCGCGGGCGUCCCGCAGACAACCUGGACACAAAUCUGGAGCAGAUGGUGCAACAAAUGGAGGUCCCUGUGGCAUUUGUUUCCAAGACAAAAGUCAUACGUGACGGUCGAGCAGCCAUGUGCAUCGUCCGACCACCGUCGGCAAAAGAACUGUCGGAAAAAAAGAAAAAUAAGACUUCACCGCCGCAACCUGACAGCUCCAGUUCACAAGACGCUCAGCCCAAAACAUCUCCAGUUAGCAGCACAGACACAACAGAAGGGGCUACGCAGCAGUGA